AUGCUGUGGGAUCACCUGUUUGAUUUCUUUGAACAAUUCACUUACAGUCAUCAUCAUGACCAAAACCCUUCCCUUCCAUUGAAAGACAACUAUUUCAACGUCUUCUCAACCGAGCUUCAACAAGUAAUUCAUCCACCCAAUAUUUUCGUAGACGGGUAUGCCAACGUAUCCUACACGCAUUAUCUCCCUGUAUGGGUCAACUCGCUCUCUAUGGCUAAUUCCAUAUUCUAUCUCAUAUGCUUUGGACUUUAUUACCUAUCCAUGGCCUUCUUCUUGUAUAAAAUCAAAAGCAGAAAGAUUGAAUUGAAGCGAAAUCACAAACUUUUAUUCGUUUUGGCGAUUGUUUUUGUCGCUAUUCAAUCCAUGACUCUCAUCAUUCGAGUGGUUUACGACGGUUUACAUUUAUACGCUAGAAUUUAUACAGAAUCCACAGGCAAUUUGUUGAGAAUGGAAUUUCUAAUCGCUUUGAACCUCAUGGGAGCUCUAACAAUCUUCUUUAUGUUUUCAGAUUUUAUCUUUUUAUUUAUUGUGCUGUUCUACUUCCAAAAGAUAUUUUGGACGACAGCCAAAAUGAUGGGUGCAAUUUCAAGAAAAGCUCUCUCUAGAAUUCAAAUCAUGCUCAAUGUAACGACAGUCAUCUUCUCUGUGACGAGUUUAGUGAUGGUCCUGCUGGCGGCCAUCUUUUUCUUUUUCCAGAAAACAGAUAUGGUUGGGAAACCUCCAACCACUGGUGUUUACGUGGGAUGUUUUGUGGUUAUCUUUACAAUGCUUGUUUAUGAUGCUGUGAUUACGAUCAUUUCAGGAGUGUUAGUGAUGAGAUCCAUUAAGCAAACCAUAAAGGCUGUGAUGACAAGUUCUCAACGAUACGCUCAAAGACAUUAUCAACCAAGAAUAACCUCUCCAUUGACAUCCUCCUCAUUGAGCGAUCACAAUGUAGACAAAUCGAAUGCAAACAUUUCAAACACGACUCUUAGCGUUCAACAGCAGGUAGUAAAUUCAUCCCAUCCACACAGUACCAACGAUAACAACACCUCAACAACGAUACUACGAACAUCCAUCGAUGGAAGGAAAAUGGAACAACGUAUUCAAUCACCCUUCAAAGUAACAUUCGGAUUAUUAUUGGGUCUCGUUGCAUGUAUCUUUUUUCAACUGCUAGCAGCAGGUAUUGCCUCAGCGGCAGUUGAAAUUGAUGUGGUCAAGAUGAUUUGGUACUUUUUUAAUUGCUUGGGAGUACUCGUAUUUGCUGUUAUCAUUUUGUGUUUGUUUUAUCCCAUGUUUGUGAAUACUGAAAUUGCAUUUAAGGAAAUUGAAACUUCUAAGGCUAAUGCUUUAAAGAAUCAUGAACAUGUUCAAGAAGGAUCUCUCAAUCCCAUGUUACGUGUGCCGAGCAUGGAGUUGCAAACUCCAUCUUCACCUACACUUGGUGGAAAUGACACUGGCACCACCAGUGAGUGUAUUUCUGUAAACGAACAUUGA